CUGCAAACAAGAACCAUUCUGGGGCUGGACCCCACAACUCCCCUCCAGUAUGAAUCCCAUCGGAGCUGCCAGAUGCUUCCCAGAAAUGAUCACUUGGGCGUAAUUUCAUGAGUUUCAAAGCCUGGAUGUCUCCAGGCUUCGGCUCCCAGGGACACAGGCAGCUUGUGACCCAGGCUCCAGAGAAAGGACUUCCCUGAAUCAUUCGUUUCCCAGCUGAAGUUGCUGUUCUCCGUGGAGCGCCUGCAUCCACCCACACGCGCAGCACCUGCAUCCUGGAGUGAAGAAGUUGGUAGAACAGCAGCUGUGUGAGCAGUAGCACUCAGAUAAGCAUCUGUGUCUUUGCGGGGACUCUACAGCCUGGCACACAGAGCACUUGUCCUGUGUCCACUAUGGACAACGAGUCGUGCUGCCUCAUCGAGGGGGACCCCAUCCCUCAGGUGAUGCCACCACUGCUGAUCCUGGCCUUUGUUCUUGGCGCCCUGGGCAAUGGCAUUGCCCUGUAUGGUUUCUGCUUUCACAUGAAGACCUGGAAGCCGAGCACUAUUUACCUUUUCAACUUGGCAGUGGCCGACUUCCUUCUCAUGGUCUGCCUGCCCUUUCGGACAGACUAUUACCUCAGGCAUAGACAGUGGGCCUUUGAGGAUAUUCCCUGUCGGGUGGUGCUCUUCAUGAUGGCCACGAACAGGGCUGGGAGCAUCGUCUUCCUCACGGUGGUGGCUGUGGACAGGUAUUUCAAAGUGGUCCACCCCCACCAUAUGAUGAACACCAUCUCCAACCGGACUGCGGCUGGCAUUGUCUGUGCCCUUUGGACCAUGAUCAUCCUGGGGACUCUGUAUCUUUUGAUGGAGAAACAUCUGUGUGUGCAAGGGGAGACUGUAUCUUGUGAGAGCUUCAUCAUGGAGUCAGCCAAUGGCUGGCACGACGUCAUGUUUCAACUGGAAUUCUUCCUGCCCCUCGGCAUCAUCUUGUUUUGCUCCUUCAAGAUUAUUUGGAGCCUGAAGCAGAGACAGCACCUAGCCAGGCAGACGCGGAUGAAGAAGGCCACCCGGUUCAUCAUGGUGGUGGCAGUGGUAUUUGUCACGUGCUACCUGCCCAGCGUGUCAGCCAGACUGUACUUCCUCUGGACGGUGCCCUUGAGCGCCUGCGAUCUGUCUGUCCACAUAGCCCUCCACGUUACCCUGAGCUUCACCUACAUGAACAGCAUGCUGGACCCCCUGGUGUAUUAUUUUUCAAGUCCUUUGUUCCCCAAAUUCUACGCCAAGCUCAAAAUCGGCAGUCUGAGACCCAAGCGUCCAGGACGCUCCAAGACACGGCGGCCGGAAGAGAUGCCAGUUUCGAGCCUCUGUCACAGGAGUUGCACCAGUGUAACAAAUAGCUUCCAAAGCUAGCCUGAUGUCCAGUGGGAUCUCCAAACGUGCUGAAUGGCACUAAAAAAGGCAGACACACUAAAGCGAGGAGGACAGAUUGGCGACUUGGAAAGAAUUUGUGCUAAGGGGGAGGGGCUUUGAAAAUGCCACCCUUUCUUAGCUGUAUCCUCCUCACUGUCGGACGUGAAACUCAGGUUACUGUGCCUUUUUGAAAGGUUCCA